GCUGAGGUUCAGCUAUGCUAUCUGGAAGCACAAAGAGAUGCUGUUGAACAGAUGUCCUUAAAGCUGUACAGUGAGCAGUACAACAGUAGUAGCAAGCGAAAGGAAGAGUUUGCUGAUAUGUCAAAAGUUCACACAGUGGGAAGUAAUGGCCUUUUGGACUUUGAUUCAGAAUACCAGGAGCUCUGGGAUUGGCUGAUUGACAUGGAAUCCAUCGUGAUGGACAGCCAUGACCUGAUGAUGUCAGAGGAGCAGCAGCAGCAUCUUUACAAGAGAUACAAUGUAGAAAUGUCAAUCAGGCACCCGAAAAAGAUGGAACUGCUUAGUAAGGUUGAAGCUCUGAAGAAAAGUGGUGUUUUACUACCAAAUGAUCUCCUUGAAAAAGUGGAUUCAAUUAAUGAAAAAUGGGAACUGCUUGGGAAAACCCUAGGAGAGAAGAUCCAAGACACAAUGGUAGGGCACAGUGGGUUAGGUCCACGUGACCUGCUCUCGCCUGAAAGCGGCAGCCUGGUAAGGCAGCUGGAGGUCAGGAUCAAAGAGCUGAAAGGGUGGCUGAGAGAUACAGAGCUUUUCAUCUUCAAUUCCUGUCUGAGACAAGAAAAUGAAGGAACAAUGAAUGCUGAGAAACAACUGCAAUAUUUUAAGUCUCUCUGCUGUGAGAUCAAACAGAGACGCCGUGGGGUAGCCUCUGUGCUGCGGUUAUGCCAGCACCUCCUGGAUGACCAAGAGACCUGCAACCUCAAUGCAGAUCACCAGUCCAUGCAGUUGAUAAUCGUAAACCUUGAGAGGAGGUGGGAAGCCAUUGUCAUGCAAGCUGUCCAGUGGCAAACAAGGCUACAGAAGAGACUGGAAAAAGACUUGGAGCCCCUGAACGUUAUUGAUCCCAGUUUGAUGGAUCUAAAUGGUCCAAAUGAAGAUGCACUAGAAUGGGAUGAAACUGACAUAAGUAAUAAGCUGAUCAGUAUUCAUGAAGACUUAAGUGAUCCUGAUCAGGAACUCAAGAAGGAUGAUCUAAGCCAGAAACCUGCUUCAGGAGAAUGUGGUGAUAACGAUGUGAAUGAAGAUGAAAGUAUCAGUGAUCGUGGAAGUCCUCUUUAUUGUCCCAGCAUUACUUCCCCUCCAAAUCCUCACAUCUAUCAGGUCUAUAGUCUUCAUAAUAUUGAAUUAUCAGAAAAAAAACACAUACCUUUUCUGAAAAAAACAUCCAAACUCUCCAAUGUAACACAGUCUAACAUUUUAAACAAAAGUCUUAGCAAAGACUCAUCAUUUUCAUCUACCAAGUCCCUGCCAGACCUAAUAGGGGGGACCACAUUGGCAAAACCAUAUAACUAUAUGUAUCAGAGUGGAAACAUAAGCAGGCAUUCUGAGAGUGAGAGUGGGAUAGUGAGUGAAUGUGACACAGAAACUACAAAUAAUUCAGAAAUUUUUUUGCUAAAUGAUAUGGAAAGCACUCAGAGUAAUCCUGAAAUUGGGCAUGCAGAAACUCAAGUGGAUGAUAUAGUCGAAGUAAUAAAACAAAAAAUGAAACAAGAUCAAGAAGACCAUGCUAGUCUCUCAGAUGAUUUCCAGUUGGCACCUUCUGCAUGUUGCGGAAGUGAAAAUGGUGAGGAUUUGGAUGACAUUACCACGUGUAACCCUGUUUGUCUAGAAGAAGUGCAAGGAAAACAUGACGUGUUUACAUUUUACGAUUACUCAUAUCUUCAAGGCUCCAAAUUCAAAUUACCAGUGAUAAUGAAACAAUCACAAAUUGAAAAAGCACAUACAGAGGGCAGUGUGUUUCAUGGCUUUUGUUUUGAUAAAAUAUCUGGUAUAUCUGAACAUAAACCUGAAGAGUCACAACCAGAUGGGUUUAUUCACGACCAUACUCUGGCAAGUAUCCCUGGAGAAUCAGAUCCCAGUUCCUGUAAAUCUGCAGACUCUGUAAGAAAAUUAACUGUUACAGAGAAAACAAGACAGAUGUCAACUUUAUCUCGUAGUUCUUCAUUAGAAUCUCUGUCUGUAGUAGGUGAUUUGUUCAGCUCAGGUAUUUUUAAAGGUGGAGAUGGUCUUCAACGAAGCACCUCUUUGGAGAGCUGGCUGACUUCCUACAAAAGCAACGAAGAUCUUUUUAGUCAUCAUGGCUCAGGAGACAUAAGUGCAAGCAGUGAUUCUGUUGGAGAGCUCAGCAAAAGGACAUUAGAUCUUCUGAAUCGCUUAGAGAAUAUCCAGAGUCCUUUAGAUCAAAAGAUAAAGCGCAGCAUCUCUGAUAUAACACUCCAAAGUAGCUCUCAAAAGAUGUCUUUUACUGGACAGAUGUCUCUAGAUAUUGCAUCCUCAAUCAACGAAGACUCAGCAGCUUCUCUCACUGAACUCAGCAGCAGUGAGGAUCUUUCUCUCUGCUCUGAAGACAUUGUACUGCACAGAAAUAAAAUACCAGAUUCAAAUGCAUCAUUUAGAAAACAUCUUAAUAGAUCUGUAGCUGAUGAGAGCGAUGUCAAUGUCAGCAUGAUUGUUAAUGUCUCCUGCACUUCUGCUUGUACUGAUGAUGAAGAUGACAGUGAUUUGCUUUCAAGUUCCACCCUUACCUUAACUGAGGAAGAGCUAGGUAUCAAAGAUGAAGAUGAUGACUCCAGUAUAGCAACUGAUGAGGAUAUUUAUGAAGAAUGCAAUUUAAUUUCAGGACUUGAUUAUAUAAAAAAUGAACUCCAAACUUGGAUUAGACCAAAAUUUUCUUUGACAAGGGAGAAGAGAAAAAAUAACCUCAGUGAUGAAAUUCAGCGCACUAAAGAAGUUAGUAAUGAGACAUCAAAAGCCACAGAUACAUUAAGCAUUGAAACACUGUUGAAUGGUUCAGUACAGAAAAUAUCAGAAAAUAAUGGCAAUAGUAAGAAUGUGUCACGUGAUCAUGAAAAAGGAACAAAGAGUCAUCUGAUGAAAAAUAUCUCUCAGGUUGUGAAGGAUCAGCUUGUGGAUGAUAUGGAGAAUGGCAAUGUUGAAAAUACUCUUGGCAGUCAAAAGGAAGGUCUUGUUAGAACAUCAGCAACUCCCAAAACUCAUGCACCACUUGAUGUCAGAGAAGCUGAAAAUGAAUGUUGUGCCUGUGAAGCAUUUACAGACAGUUCAGAUGAUUCACAUAUGGAUGGCAAGGAGACUGUUCUGUCAUCAGAUGCAUCCAGAAACCCUUCAAAAGAAUGUCAAAGUAAUCUUCAGCCUGAUCUUCACUCUGUUGCUUUCUCUCCUGCUAAAAAGCCUUGCCUUAAAUCUUCCUCAGAAAUGAAUUGUGUAGACAUACAAGAUACAGCUUUACAAACUUCCUUACCUAAUGGUCAACAACAUAGAAUAACUAUUACUGAAAAAUCUACUGAUUGCUGCACACCCUUGAAAACCAAUGAAGCGGAAUGUGACUCCUCAGCCAAUGGUCUUGAUUCAUGCUGUAACUGUGAAUCUGCUGCUUUUGAUAAAAGAAACAUGGAAGAUGGCUCAGUACACAAUUUUGUGAGGGAAAUAAUAGACAUGGCAUCAACAGCUUUGAAAAGUAAGUCACAACCUGAAUGUGAGUCAUCCGCUCCAGCUUCAUUAGCUCAGAUCAAGGAAAAAGUGUUAGAACACUCUCACAGACCCAUUCAGCUAAGGAAAGGGGACUUCUAUUCUUAUCUUUCACUUUCUUCUCAUGAUAGUGACUGUGGAGAGGUAAUCAAAUACAUAGAGGAGAAGAGUAGCACUCCUGUGCCACCGGACUUCACAGAUGAGAGAGAAAAUAUUGAAUGCUUUUUUGAAGCCUGUCUUGAGGAAGAAAGGGUUGAGCAGAAGCAGUCUAUUUCUAAUGGUACCCCUGAAGCACGAGUUGAGCAGCAGCAACCUAUUUCUAACACUGUUUCUGAAACACCUCCAGAGUCACUAGAUGAAGUGACUCUAGAGUCAUUAGAAGUUCGAACUUCGUCUGAAGACAGGCAAACUGAAGGUUUGGAAAAGAAUUCUCCAGAGCUUAGCAUUAAAGAGAGUAGUACAGAAAAAUCACCUGGAAUUGAAGAGCUCAAAGGAUGUGUUGCUGCUUCUGAAGAGGCUUCAGCUAUAGAGUUUCAGUUAAAGCCUGGCCAUUCACAGGAAAAGGAUGUUAUGCAUCAGAACAGUAAAACUCUUACUUGUGAAGAAAAUCUCCUGAAUCUUCAUAAGGAAAGUCAUAUAAAUAUGCACAGAUAGAAUGUAACCCUCUCCAGGCACAUACAUUAUCCUAAAAACAGAAACUUGGCUGCAAUUCAGGUGCAGGUUCAUCCUGUAAACCCUGGGAUGACCUCCAAUUCCAUUGUAUCACUGCCUUUCAUUACACUGACUCCCAAGAUAUAUUUUCUUUCCAAAUGUGAUUUGUCCAUGUUGGCUUUGUGAUGAGGCUGCAUAUGCUAGUCCUAUUUCAGUGAUCAUUUUGUAUUGUAGCAAGGCCAUUUGCUUUCAUAUGGAUUCCUCUCCCAAGCUACCUCUAAUGACCUCCCCUUCCUAAAUUGGAUGCUCCUGUAUUACUUUUCACUGAUUUGGUUCUUUAAAGUUUUGAAGUUCCACAAAGUUCAUGAUCAGUCUGGUUCAUCUUUUCAGAACUGUACCUGCCAGUACUCUUCUAUUUUAUGUAUCAAAUUUAAUAUUUAUGUGUAUAAUGCAUAAGUUUGUUGAAAAUAUUUUACUUUUAAAGUGACAAUUUUGUUGGAUUGCAGCAAAAAGAAGUCAUUAGCCCUUCUGAUUCAAUACAUCUUAAAAUUAAGCAAUUACAAUAAAU